AUGACGGUACUAUCACUUGUUACUCGUCAAUCUGCAGCAGUUGCUUUAUCCAAGCCAUUUUAUUCUACGAAUGCAUGCAUCGGUUUAGUAUCAGCAUUCGUUACUGGAUCACGACAGCUCAGUACGAAUCCACACACUCUACAAAAUACAUCCAGUUUGCAAGAUCAAAGCUCAUCUGCAUCCAGUGUACAUGAUAAAUUGGAAAGUAUUGUUAGUAGCUUUCGAGCACCGGUUAGAUUUGCUUUGGCUUAUGGAUCGGGUGUGUUCCAGCAAAAAGGCUACGAUGCUAUUCAUUCGUCAUUGGAUUCUGUGAAUGAAAACAAGGCUUCAAGCUUCAAUGAAAAGCCUAUGGUGGAUUUUAUUUUUGGUGUGGUUCAUUCAGAGCAUUGGCAUUCUCUCAACAUCAAGCAAAACCCUCAUCAUUACUCGUCGAUUGCUGGACUUGGCAGUGGUUCUAUUGCCAAAAUACAGGACUCGUUUGGAGCUGGCUUAUUUUACAAUCCAGAUGUUGUGGUGGAAGGAGCGAGAAUCAAGUAUGGCGUUGUUAGAUUAGAUCGACUGAUCAACGAUUUAAACGAAUGGGAUACAAUGUAUAUCGCUGGCAGAAUGCACAAACCAACUAUGAUCUUGAGGGAUGAUGCUCGCGUUCGUCUUGCAUCUCAAACAAAUCUGUUGAAUGCAGUACGGAUAUCCUUGCUCAUGCUACCACAUCAGUUCACUGAAGAGGAUCUGUUUUUAAAAAUCGCUGGGUUAUCAUACCAAGGCGACUUUCGAAUGAAAUUUGGUGAAAAUCCAUAUAAAAUCUACAACAUCGUAUAUACUCAAAUGGAUGCAUUUCGAGAUAAAUAUAAACCCAUCAUAGAAGAAAUUCCCAAUGUAAACUAUCUAUUCGAUGGAACUCUUCAGCAAGAGGAUAACAUUGUAAUGUGCGGUAGCAUGAUUCGUCAACUUCCAAAAAAGUUGUAUAGCAUAAUCAAGUACCAUCAUUUGUGGUAUUUAUCUCGAAGUGGAAAGCUAAACACGGAUAUGACUGAGCCAGCACUAUCGCAAUCUAUUGUGCAAUCACCCGAGCUCACUCUCUAUGUUGAAAAAGCGCUCGCAGAUGUGGUUGCAAUACCGGCACUGACACAAUCCAUCAAGGGAGUGUUGACAGCAGGUGUAUCUCGAUCUAUUAAAUAUGCUGGAGAAAAGAUUGGCAAAAUGAUGUCUGGAAAAGAGCCUACUAAAAUACAUUAA